AUGACUCACAUCCGUGGCGUCCCAGAUGAAUCUAGGCCAACCUGUAAGCGGUGCGAAAAGGCCGGCUAUACCUGCGGAGGCUACGAAAAGAAGCUCGAGUUGCGUUUCCAUACCUUUGCCGCACAAUCAGAUCCCAAUGCUCCAGCACCCACAAAGACCAGCAAAACUCCCCCUCCUGCCGCAAAACCCGGAGUCCCGAGCAGGUUGGUGCUUCGCUCCAAUGACAACCAGCAAGACACCGUUCCCCCGGAUAUGAGCUUGGUGGCAUUCAAGGACAACAUCCAAUUCUCCUACCUCUUUGACAAUUUCGUGUGGAGCAGCUAUGGCACUCCCUGGCUCCAAAUGUCCGCCGAAGGCAAGAUUGAUGCUUUAUCUUUAGAGGCAUGUCGAGCAUUUUCUCUCAGCAUUUUCGGAAAGCACCACCAUCAACCCGAUAUAGAAGUAAGCGGAGCCGUCCACUAUGACAAGACGGUUCGAGCACUCUCGUCUCGCCUAUCCAAUGUGGGGGCGCCGGGUAGUGAAGCCCUGAUCGUGCCUAUCAUGAUCCUUCUGAUGCACUCCUCUACGACGCCCGACCCUCAAGCUUCGGCUUUUCACAUCCAAGGAUUGCUGAAGUUGAUCCAAAUCUGCGGCCCUCAGAGGUUUGCCGUUGAUCCAUUGAGAUUGGCUUUUGAAUCAUGCAGGGCGACACUGAUCACCGUGUCCCUCAUCACCAAGACCAGGUCUUUUUUGGAGCAACCAGCCUGGCUAACCGAACCCUGGUCUGCGAGGAGUGAUUUCCAUAAAAACGCACAAAAUCAGCUUGUCGAUAUCCUCGUCUACAUUCCUGGCUUCCUCCAAGAUCAAUCCCAACUGGAGCAAUCACCCUCGGAUCAGUUCAAGCAAAGCCUCAUCCAGCGCAUCGAGUAUCAGAUCGCCAAGGCCUACAACUGGCGAUGGAGCUGGGAGGAACUCAACCCCAAUGUCGCGUGGGAGGUGGAUCCGGAAAUGCUUCCUUCAGACCAGUUCCCUCUAAGUCCAUCUCGCGUCGUCCGAAAGGUUCUCAUGUUUUCCUCGUUUUCCAAAGCCGCAGAAAUCGCCCUAUACAACGCCACCUUAUUAUGCCUGUUGGGCUUGCUCUGGACAAUGAAAUCUCCCGAGGAAGACUCGCCGUCGCCGAUCACCCUGUCGCAGACGCCACUUUUCUUGCCCGGAGAAUUGCGCUCUUUGACCGAACCGGCCAUUGAAAUUUCUCGCGCCUUUGAAUUCCAGCUCGCCAACGUCAAACGUAGUCGCGAUUCGGCGCUCUUCUGGCUCUUUCCGCUCGGUCUGGCGAGUAGAGUCCUCGAGGACAAUCCAGAUUACAUCACAUGGAUCAAGAGCAUGCUCGACUCGUCGCAGGUGACAAGAGGAUACGGUACCGGCGGCAACACGUAUGGCUUUGGAUUUUAUAAGUUCCCCAAGAUCAUGAGGAAGAAGACCAAUGUUCGACCCAUGAUUCAGGCGCAAUAUGGUUCAGAUUCAAUCCGGCAGCAUUCGGAAGGUUCGUCUGAUGAUGAGUAA